ACAACACAAAACCGACGUUAUUGUUACUCAACUUGCUUAAAUUACACGCGCCUUUAUAUAUAAAAAUAAUCCCUACGCCCACCCUUUAUAUCACUUUUCUUUUGGUCAGUCCACCUUCUUCUUUUACUUCUUCCAUGGCCGCCUUUCCAAAUAUCUUGGAAACUGCGAGCAUAGCAGCCCUUCAUCAUCUCGUCAAAUCAUGUAUUACUCCAGACAUGCUCGCUCUCGUCACUACCCAUGCCGCCACCGUCAUCGAUUGCCAACCACAACCCUUUGUAGCAGCAAAGAAAUCCAUCGUUCAUGAGACUGCACCUACGUCAAAAAUACAACGUACCAAACUCAGCCCUGAGCAACUCCUCCCUUCACCCCCCGCUACACCGUCGGUCAAUGAUUAUCAGACAUCCACAGCGGCCACCACCAGCUCCUAUCAAAUAGACAUACCGCCAUUGGAAGAAUUCAUUCGCUAUGUUGUCAAGCGAUCGAAUGUGCAAACCGGCACGCUGCUGGCUUCGUUGGUGUAUACAGCUCGUUUACAACGGAAAUUGGUGGCCGUUGCUAAAGGCUUAGCGUGCACGUGCCAUCGUAUUUUCUUGGCAACGUUAAUUGUCACCUCCAAGUAUUUGAACGAUACUUCACCUAAGAACAAGCACUGGGCACGCUAUGCCGUUAUCUUUUCUGUGCCUGAGAUUAAUCUGAUGGAAAAACAACUCUUGUUGCUUUUGGAGUACAACUUGAGAAUCUCUCAGGAUGAAUUAUUACAAGCUGUCUCCGAACUCCUUCCUUUGCCUUCACCCAAGGCCGUCCAUUUGAGAGAAGACGAUGACGAGCUGACAGAUUAUAUUCAACAUUAUAUGGUGGAUCAUAGUCCGCCCCUUUCGGAAUAUACGGUUUCGCAUAGCAAUCGAUUGAGAAACAAGCGCCAAAUGCUCCAUGACAGUGCAUAUAGCUCUGAUAAUUAUUCGCCCAUCUCUUCACAUAGAAACAGCUAUCCAAUCACGUUACACUCCAUGGGCGACCAACUAGAACAUGGCCAUCAACGAUAAAGCACCCCCCCCCAUUAUAUAUUAAUAUGCCAUCGCUUAAUUUUUUUCCCUCCUCCAACCAAUUGUACAUAAUCAGCUCAUGUUUUCUUUCUUGUAUUGUUGCAUUUUCUAAACCGCUCAGGCAAUUUCAUCUAUUACAUGCUCUCUGUGUUUCAUUUUACUAGUAAGGUGACCUUAG